CAACCCGAUUGCGCGAAGUGAAGUGACCAGCCAGAUAAAAGUUUAUGAAAAAAAAUUGGGCCUUUUCGAAGAGGUUCAACAUGGCAGGAGAUCAGGCGCAAUUUUACCAGUUACUAAAUACUUUAUUAUCAACCGAUAACGACAUCAGAUCCCAAGCAGAAGAAGCAUACAAUAAUAUUCCAACUGAAACAAAAGUGGUACACUUGGUGGGCGCAAUCCAAAAUGCAGAUGUUGGUGAAGAAGGACGGCAAACAGCCGCUGUGCUGCUCCGUAGACUGCUCAGCGCAGAGUUCUUUGAGUUCUUCCCGAAGCUGCCAUUUGAGCAGCAGACAGUACUCAGGGAGCAGCUACUUCUCACACUGCAAAUGGAAGUGAGCCAGCAACUGCGGCGCAAGAUCUGCGACGUUGUAUCAGAAUUGGCUAGAAACCACAUAGACGAUGAUGGUGUUAACCAAUGGCCAGAAUUCCUUCAGUUCAUGUUCAACUGCGCUGGUGCCCAGGACCCCAACAUCCAAGAGGCUGGUAUUAGAAUGUUCACGUCAGUGCCUGGUGUGUUUGGGCACCGUCAGAAUGAGAACCUGGUUGUUAUCAAGCGCAUGUUGCUGACCGCUCUCCAAUCCACAUCGGAGGCUCUCCGAGUUCAGGCCGUGAAGGCCGUAGGCGCUUUCAUUCUGCUUCACGACAAAGAGCCUGCCAUACACAAACAUUUCAGUGAUUUACUGCUUCCAUUGAUGCAGGUUGUUGUACAAUCAAUUGAGAAAAGUGAUGAUGAUUCUGCUCUUAAAGUUCUCAUUGAACUGGCUGAAUCUGCUCCAAAAUUCUUGCGUCCGCAACUCGAGCCCAUCUUCCAAGUGUGCAUUAAGGUGGUAGGCGACACUGACGCAGAGGAUAACUGGCGUCAAUUGGCCCUGGAGGCGAUGGUGACGCUGUGCGAGACCGCGCCCGCCAUGGUGCGCAAGCAGGUGCCCAACGGCGUCAGCAUGCUCACGCCCCUCGUGCUCGAGAUGAUGUGCGAGCUCGAUGACGAACCCGACUGGUCCAUGCAAGAUGACGCCGCCGAGGAUGAUAACGAACAAAAUUACGUAGCUGCUGAAUCAGCUUUGGACCGUAUGUGCUGCGGCUUGGGUGGUAAGACCAUGCUGGGUCUGAUCGUCGGCCAGGUGCCGGAGAUGUUGCACCAUGAAGACUGGCGCCGCCGUCACGCCGCUCUCAUGGCUGUGUCUUCAGCUGGCGAGGGCUGCCACAAGCAGAUGGAACAGAUGCUUGACCAAGUUGUCUCUGCUGUCCUCAAUUAUCUUACUGACCCUCAUCCCCGCGUACGUUACGCUGCAUGCAAUGCCGUGGGUCAGAUGUCCACCGACUUCGCUCCCGUGUUCGAGAAGAAGUUCCAUGACAAGGUGGUGCCCGGCCUCCUGAUGGUGCUCGAUGACAAUGCUAACCCCCGCGUGCAGGCUCACGCGGCUGCUGCUUUAGUAAACUUCAGUGAAGAUUGUCCUAAACCAAUCCUGACUCAGUAUCUGGAUCCUUUGAUGAGCAAGUUGGAAUUGAUCUUGACCACCAAAUUCAAGGAGUUGGUGGAACGCGGCACGAAACUGGUGCUGGAACAAAUAGUGACGACGAUCGCGUCCGUGGCCGACACCGUCGAGAAGGACUUUGUGAUCUACUACGACAGGUUGAUGCCUUGCCUCAAGUACAUCAUUGCUAAUGCUACAACCGACGAGCUUAAAAUGCUUCGCGGCAAGACCAUUGAGUGCGUCAGUCUUAUUGGUUUGGCUGUAGGUGAAGAGAAGUUCACAUCAGAUGCCUCUGAAGUAAUGGACUUGCUGCUGAAGACUCACACGGAAGGCGAGCAGCUUCCCGCUGACGACCCGCAAACAUCUUACCUUAUUUCCGCGUGGUCGCGUAUUUGCAGAAUUAUGGGCAAGAAAUUCGCUCAGUAUUUGCCGAUGGUAAUGGAGCCAGUGAUGCGAACAGCCGCCAUGAAGCCCGAGGUGGCGCUGCUUGAUAACGAUGAUCUGGAGACCAUCGAGGGCGACCUCGACUGGCACUUCGUUACGCUCGGCGAACAACAGAACUUUGGCAUCAAGACUGCCGGUCUGGAAGACAAGGCAUCUGCCUGCGACAUGCUGGUGUGCUACGCCCGCGAGCUGAAGGAAGAGUUCGCCGAGUACGCCGAAGACGUAGUCAAGCUAAUGGUGCCGAUGUUGAAGUUCUACUUCCACGACAACGUGCGCACGGCGGCGGCCGAGUCGCUGCCCUACCUGCUGGAGUGUGCCCGCAUCCGCGGCCCGCAGUACAUACAGGGCAUGUGGGCCUACAUCCUGCCUGAGCUGCUCAAGGCCAUCGACUCCGAGCCCGAGCAGGAGGUGCAGGUCGAACUGCUCAACAGUCUCGCUAAGUGUAUCGAGCUGUUGGGCGGUGGAUGUCUUCCCGACGAGAUGAUGGCAGAGGUCCUGCGCAUCCUCAACAAACUACUGACAGAACAUUUCGAACGUGCCACUGAGCGCCGCCAAAAGCGCUCUGACGAAGAUUACGAUGAGGUUGUAGAAGAGCAGCUAGCAGACGAAGAUAACGAGGAUGUAUACGGCCUGUCCCGCGUGGCAGACGUGUUGCACGCGCUGAUGUCGGCCUACCGGGAGAGCUUCUUCCCGCACCUCGACAGCCUGCUGCCGCACCUCGUGCAGCUGCUCGCCCCCGGCCGCCCCUACUCCGACCGCCAGUGGGCUAUCUGCAUUUUCGAUGAUGUUAUCGAAUUUGGAGGACCCGCGUGCGUGAAGUACCAAGACAUAUUCCUGGAGCCGAUGCUGAACGGGCUGCGCGAGCCGGAGGCGGAGGUGCGGCAGGCGGCGGCGUACGGCUGCGGCGUGCUGGCGCAGUUCGGCGGCGCCGUGUUCGCGGCGGCCGCGGCCCGCGCCGUGCCGCUGCUGGCCGCGCUCGUGGCCGACCCCGCCUCCCGCGCCCUCGAGAACCUCAACGCCACAGAGAACGCCAUCUCCGCCGUCGCCAAGAUCAUCAAGUAUAACCACUCGCAGAUCGACAGGGAUGAAAUUAUUAGGCAUUGGCUGACAUGGUUGCCAGUGACAGAAGACACAGAAGAAGCUCCACAUGUAUACUCACUGCUGUGUGAACUGGCUGCGAGCGGGCACGCGGCGCUGGCGUCCCCCGACGCGCCCAAGCACGUCAUCGCCACACUCGCAGAGGCAUUCCUCAGGGACGCCGUGCCCUCUGAUAACCCAGUCUUUGCGCAGAUGGUGGCUCUCGUCAGGCAAAUACAGACAAACGCAGAGCUGUUCAACGCUGUGCUGAUGCAGCUGAGCAGCGAGCACAAGGAGGCGCUGCAAGUGGCGCUGUCCACCUAGUGCGGACGGGCCCGCGACUCGGCACUCGGCACCUGCGCUCUCCGUUGCAGUCACGCUCUCCUCAUCACGCCCAUUUCUCGCGCAUCACUAACCAUUGACCGCCUCCAAUCCAACUAUUACUAUGUGUAUAAAAGUUGUAUGUUGUAAUUGAAAAUAUAUCUUUGUCAUUUAGACGAGUUUAAACCCAGUUUUAUGAAAUGACUGAUAUCAGAUAAAUUAUAAUAUUGUAAACUGUA